UUCUAACAGUAGCUCUGUGAUAUUAAUGUUUUUUCUUCCAAUUGGGAAAAGUUAAUUUGUUUGGAAAAAUGUCACAGGUACAGGAAACCACCAACCUCACAGAGCAACUGGACAACGAAGAAGUGCGUGAAAUUCUCAAAAACACCACCGACUUGCGGCAGUAUUCCCGACAAAUUGAAAAGGAAUUCAAGGAGGUGGAAAACAAAAGCAUCGAAGACUACAUCAAAGAAUCUCAGAAUAUUGCGGCACUGCACAAUCAAAUUGGUGAAUGCGACGAUGUCCUGGAGCGCAUGGAGAAUAUGUUGAUGAAUUUUCAAAGUGUGCUCAGUAACAUAAGUACGGAGAUAACACAGCUGCAGAAGAAGUCGGUAGCCAUGUCGGUCCAGUUGACCAAUCGCCAGUCGGUGAAGGCCCAGCUGUCACAAUUCAUCGAAGACAUGGCAGUGUCGGAGGAGAUGAUAAUGUCCAUUAUGGAAACACCGGUGACGGAAAAAGAAUUUGAAAAACAAUUGAAUAUUCUAAAUCACAAGCUGUCGCUGGUUAAGGAGUUAAGUUUUAAGGAAUCCAAAGCUACUGCAGAUGUGGCUGAUGUUUUGCAUAAAUUACGCUUGAAGGCUAUGUCAAAAAUACGUCAAUAUAUGUUGGAACAAAUCUAUAAGUUUCGUCGUCCCAUGACCAACUAUCAGAUACCACAAAAUGCCAUGUUGAAACAUAAGUUUUUCUUUGAAUUCGUGUUGUCCAAUGAACGUCAGGUGGCCCAGGAGAUAUGCAAUGAAUACAUUGAUACAAUGAGUAAAAUUUAUUAUAGUUAUUUUAAGAGUUACUCUUCCCGUCUGGCUGGUUUGAGAUUUGAAGAAUCCUGUACCAAAGAUGAUUUAAUGGGCAUUGAAGACAAUGUCCCGAAGGGUCUUUUUGCCAAAACCACCAGUUUAAAGCAUAAGAGUACCAUAUUUACAAUUGGCAAGAGGGGUGAUAUACUCAAUCAACAGCUGGAGGCUCCUAUUAUUGUGCCACAUGCUCAAAUGAAGAACCGAUACACUUUUGAGGCCCUCUUCCGUUCCGAACAAUAUGCUCUAGUUGAUAAUGCCUGCCGAGAAUAUUUAUUUGUUACGGAAUUCUUUAUGGUACGCGGGGCACAGGCCCAGGAUCUGUUCAAUCAAAUUAUGGGCAAAACGUUGACAUUGAUGAUUAAAAAUCUGGAAACCAGUAUUCAGGACUGCUUCGACACAAUAGCAAUGUUCUUGUGCAUACAGUUGAUAUUCCGCUAUCAGUUGAUGUGUCACAAACGAUGUGUACCAGCCUUGGAUAAGUAUUGGGAUUCAUUGCAAGCUGUUUUCUGGCCGCGAUUUGAACAUGUAUUCAGGUUGAAUAUACAAAGUAUUCGUGACUGUGAUCCAACGAAGUUUAGCAAAGAAAUGGGACCGCACUAUAUAACACGUCGCUAUGCCGAGUUCUCAGCAGCUAUUGUUGGCAUCUCUGAACACUUUCCCAAUGAACUGGUCAGUCGUCUUUUACUGGAGCUACAAAAUGAAGUUGAGUGUUUCAUUCUACGCAUGGCAGCCAUAUUUCCUAAUCGCAAAGAGCAACUGAUUUAUCUAAUAAAUAAUUAUGAUCUCGUUUUGGGUGUCCUGAUGGAACAUACCCGAGAUAAUUCCAAAGAAGCAUCAGCAUUCCGGGAACAAUUAAAUGCACGUAGUGCUGAAUAUGUUGAAGAGAUUCUUGCACCACAUUUUGGUGGUAUUAUACAAUUUGUCAAAGAAUGUGAACCUCUGUAUGAAAAGGAACAACUCGAAGAAGUACGUAAACAGGAGCGUAGAAGUUUAGCACUGGUAGCAAGCUUUUCGGCGAGUUGGAAGAAAUCGUUGGAGGAAUUGAAUCGUGAAGUGUUGCUUUCGUUUCCAUCCCUUUUGACCGGUUCACAACUUUUACAAUUGGCCUUGGCCAGUUUAGUGCAAUAUUAUCAUCGAUUCCAUAAACUACUGACACCAAAUGCCCGUGCCCAGUUGACCAAUAUCCAUGUGGUUAUGGUUGAAAUGAAAAAAUAUAAAUGUAAUUAUUGAGAAGUAUUAUAGAAUUGUUUCUCCCACCCCCAUUAAAUUAUUCCAUUAGUUGUUAAUGUAUGUAUGUACUAUACCCAAUCUAUUUUAUAUGCUAGACAAUUAAGUUUCAUAUUUACACACAUAUUCACAAUCGAUUAAUAAAUUUUAUUAAGAUUA